ACCAUCGUCCUCUGCUUUCUUCGCAGGCGCCUGGCGCUGCCGAACCACACUAGCCACCCCGAAGAAAUCCUCCCUCCGUAGUCGCCGUCGUGCACGCCAUCGCUCCGCGCUCUGUACUGUUAUUGGAUUGGCGUGGAGUGGAAACCCAUCCAAACUUGGAUUUGUUUCUUUUGUUGGAAGCCGUAUCAAGUUGUUUCGUGAUAAUGGACCCAAAACAUUCAGCUGAAAUGUCCAAGCAUCUGGACAAGCAAAAUCAAGCACUAAUGGAAACAUACCGAGCUAUGUCCCAUGAGUUGCAUAAACUUCAGGUAGAAGAAGAAACAAUCAUGCGCAAGUUGUAUGAACUGAUGUCUGCAGAAGGGCUUCUUCCAAAGCACAAGAAAGAAAGGCAACUGGAGCAAAGCAUUGUCGAAUCAAUUCAGGAAAACAAAGAAGGGGAACCGUAGAAUCUUAACUGUUGUUUGCGAUAUGAUCUGGCAUGGAUACUAGUUCAGAUGGGACCUAGGUGUCUGUUAUCUUCUCCAUGGCAGCACUUUAAACUGUUGUUUGCGAUAUGAUCUGGCAUACUAUCACGACUUGGGUGACCACUUUAAACUUCCAGUGUGAUGGAUUAACUGUAGAGAAAUAUGAUCUCAACUCCGGAUGCAUGCUGUAGAGAUUACCAAAUUUCACAAUUGAAUCUUGAACCUGAUUA